AAUUGUGUAUAGUACAAAAAAAAGUCACACAAUGAACCAAUUCAAAUAUGUUCAUUCAAAAAUAAUCUCAUGUCAGUUCAAUCUACUAUUAUCAACAUCAAUGGCAAUAACUGUGCUACGUAUACAUGAUUUUCACGUGAAACUUUUAACAUCGCAGUAAAGACACAUUAUCUCAAAGAAUUAAAUAUUACAUUUGAUAAUCAAUGAUUCGUUUAUUCCCUGAAAGUACUUACUCGAACAAUACAGGAUAAUGUUUGUGGUUGCAUUUCAAUUUUUACAGCUUUUGCUUUCAAUUCCAACCUGAUUUGACGUAAAUAAAAGUCUAUGGAAAUUCAUGUAAUUUAAUAAAAUCUGGAGGAUAUCAUACAAACUUUGUCAAAAUGUUUAAAAAGUUUAAAGAUAAACUUGCAGAAGAAAUGAAACAAUCACCUGCCAGGUUACAAGCAAGCAUGCAACAACUAGCACAGGCAGUUGUAUCUCCUGCUUUAUCCAACAAUUCAGUACAAGAAUUACCUGUAUCUAAUGAGAAUUUUAGUUUAACAGAAGAAGGGGAUGAAACUCCCAAAAACAGUCCUGCUAAACAUGGUUUUCAAAAUGUAGAUUUAAUGUCACCUACAUCGAAUUCCAUAGGCAUUUCGAGAAGAUCAUCAGUCAGUAGUAUUACUAGUGACACUUCAUCUCUUUUUCCGAUUUACGAAAGUCCUGCUAAUUUAUAUCAUUUGCAGUCUGAUAUAGAUCAGUCUGCUAGUGAAAUAGACGAAAAUAUAAAUCCACAAUUGGACAAGGUCUCAAAAGAUCAAAUAUAUUCAGCAUAUAGGAAAAUGCAAGCAAAAUAUCAUAAAUAUCGUGGGAGAUAUACAGAUUUAGCAACACAUUAUAAAGAAUUGGAAAGAGUAAAAGGCAAGUUAGAAUCAGUUUUAGUGGAAACCCAAGAUAAAGUAUUAAGACGAAUAGCUGAUUUGAAAGAACAGUGUCAGUUAGAACAACAGGCCAAAGCUCAUUUAGAAGAAGCAUUGAGAAAUGAUAUUGAAGAGAAAGAUCAUAUAAUAAGUACAUUGAAUACAAAGAUUAAACUUUUACAAAUAACUGGACCAAACUUAGAAAUGACUUUAUCAGAUACUACUAAUGAUAAAGGGAAUUUAAAAGAUAAUCUCAUUGAUCUAAGUACUGGAUCAUCAAUUAGUUCUGAAGAGAAUGCUUUGGUAGUUGAAAAUGCACAACUGAAAGACAAAUUAAAAAAAUUAGAAAAUGUUGUUUUGAAGUACAAAGAGUCAUUAAAACGAAAUAAAGAAAAGUUUACUGAAAUAUUAACAGAAAAAAAUACAUUAGAAUCUCAAUAUGAAACAUUAAGAAAUUCUUAUACAGAGAAAGAAAAAGAAUUAAAUUCUGUAUCUACUGAAAUUAAAAAUUUAACAGAUCAAAUGAUUAUUUUAAAAAAACGUGAAGAAGAAUCUGUAAUAUCUUUAGCUGAAAAUAAACUUUCAAUACAUAGAGAAUUAGAGGAUAAAGAAGAGCAAAUCAAAAAGCUACAAUUGGAUUUGAAGUAUAUGACAGAAUCCAAAGAGAAUUUAAGUGAAAUUGUUAGUAAAUAUAAAGUUGAAUUAGAGAAACUAAAAUUAUCAUCUAAUACUCAAAAUGCAGAUUUGGAAAAAAAGGAAAUUGUACAAGAUACCUCAAAUGGAAAAUCAGAAAUGCAGCAGUUAUUAAUUGAUUUGGAUGAAAAGAUAGGCUUAAAGUAUCAUGAAGAAGAUUGUAAUAAGGAGAAUAUAGAAAAAAAUACAAAAGUGCAUGAUACUGAAAUAUAUCAAAAUUUAAAAUGUAAAUUAGAUGAAAAGGAAAUUGAACUUCAAGAAACAAAAAAUAAAUUAGAAGAAUUACAAAAGCUUACUAAAGAAUGUCAAACAGAUAAAGAAAAACUGUAUAUGGAAUUUUCAAAUUACAAAUUAAAAUAUGCAGAGCUUCAAAAUGAACAAGAGGCACAAAAAAUUAUUGCCGAAGAAAGAAAAAAAGAAGGAGAAACAACAAUUGAAAAAUUGCAGGCUACUAUACAAAGUCUUGAUAAGGAACUAGAAAAUAUGAGGAAUGCUCUAAUUGAUAGAGAUAAGGUAUGUGAAAGUUACAAUGCUAAAGUUCAUGAAUAUAAAACAAUUCUUGAAAAAACGAAAGAAAAAUUAUUAAUUCAGGAAACGGAAAUAAAAACUUUUAAAGAAAAAAUACAAGACGAUACAGAAAUAAUUAAGUUGAACAAUGAGUUAAAAAUUAAAAACAAGGAAUUACUAGGAGUGUGCACAGAACUUGAAACCUGUAAAUCUAUUAUUUCUGAUCUUAAAAAUAGACUUCAAACAGAUAGUUCUAAUAUUAAUUUGCUCUACGAAGAGAAAAAUAAUUUAAUUAAAAAUAUUUUAAAUUAUAAAAUUUCUGCAAAAAAAUUAAAAGAAGAUAACAUUUAUAUUAAAAACAAUGCAGUAAAAUACAUCACAGAGAUUAAUAAUGAAAUUUCUGUCUUAAAGAAUGGAUUUGAUACUUUUCUGAAAACAAAUGAUAUUAUUCAAAAUAAUGUAAAUUUGCAAAUAAAAAAUUUUCAAACUGAACUGAAAGAAUUUGAAGAAUUUAAACAAAAAUAUAAUCAAUUACAAACUGAAUUAAAAGAUACUAUGUAUCUUAAAUCUAAUUUAGAAAUAAACUUGGAAAAUUAUAAUAAACAAUUAAAUGAAAUGUCUAUAAAAUUGGAACAACAAUGUGAAGUUAAUACAAAAAAUCGUAAACUUAUAGCCGAGAUAGAUAAUCUCAAUUUCAAAUUGUACGACUUACAAAAUUUACCGGAACAAGUGAAAUUAUUAAUGAUAGAAUCUAAAUCCUUACAAGAAAAACUUAAUAAUGUCAAUGCUAUAAAUCAAUUGCUUUCAGAUGAAAUAUGUGAUUUGAAAGUACAACUUGAAGAGGCAAAUAAUAAUACAAAACAAUUACAAGAAUUAGAACAGAAAUAUGUACAAGCAACAAAAACUGCUGCAUUAUUGAAAUCUGAAAACCUUAAUUCUGAUAAAUUAAAAGAAAAAAUAAACAUUCUACAAUUGGAAAUUAAAAUUUUAAAUGAAAAUUUAUUCGAUAAGGAUAAGAAAAUGAGUACUUUAAAUGAAGAAUUAGAAAAUAAAGAAAGUUUUUUAGUUAAUUUAAAACUUGAAGAUGAAAAACAUACAAAGUUAAUUGAAAAACGUGAAAAUGAAAUCAUUGAAUUAACAAAAUCAAAUGAAACUCUACAACAAAAGAUACAAACAAAAAUUCAGCAAUUAACGAAGUUAAAAAAUAUUAAACAAAAACAAGAUGCCACUAUCCAAAAGUUAAAUGAUGAAAUUAGUGAAAUAAAAGCUUCAAAUAUAGAAUUAUUGGAGCAGUUAAAAACAUCAGAAAAUGAAAUGAAUAUGUUGAAAUCUGAAAACUGCCAAAUAGUAAUAUUAAAAAAUAAUAAUACAGCAAUCAAUGCUGAGUUAGAAAGGUUAAAAUUAAUUCAAAAUGAAGUAAAUUUAGAAAAUAAAAAUUUAAAAGAUAAACAAAACGAAUUUUUGAAGCAUAAUCAAGAAUUAAAUGAAUCUAAUAAAAAUUUAAAGCAAAAAGUUAUAGAUUAUGACAAAUAUAAUCAACAAUUAUUAACUGAAAAUGCACAAUUAGAAAAAGAAAUUGAAUCAUGCAAAAAUCAGUUAAGUGAACAAAAUCAAGAUAUAGAUAAUUUAAAUAGUCAUAUUACAUUAUUAAAUACAAAAUUACAAUCUAACAGUCAGGAACUAAAUUUCCAACUUGAAGAAUUAACUUCAUAUAAAAAAAAAGCAGAAGAAACUAAAGAAUAUCUUGCAAAAGAAAAUACAAAUUUACGUAAUGAAAUAGAUAAAUUAAAUUUAACAUUAGAAAAUAAUACGAAAAUGGAAGAAAUAAAUAAAGAACUUCAAACGAAAUUAGUAUUUUUGGACAAAGAAGUGGCAAGAUUAAAAAAUGUUGAAGAAGAAAUGAAUAACUUAAGAUUGGAAAUAAAUAGUUUAAAUAAAAUAAAAAUUGAUUUAGAAGAAAUACAAUCAGAAAACAGUAAACUAGUUACUGAAAACUUAUCUUUAAAAAAUAGAAUUGCAGAAUUAGAAAAUAUAAAUACAAAACUUCAAUCUUACGUAAAUAAUUUAAAAUCUGCAGUUUUUAAUUUAGAUCAAAUAGAAUCCAAAAAUACUGAAUACAAAAAUGAAAUUGAUGCAUUAAAAAAUACAAAUGUGGAACUAUUGUCUCAAAUAAAGAAUGAUGAUGUAUCAAAACAACAAUUAAUGAUGGAAAUAGAUGAAUUAAAACUUAUAUUAGAUGAAAAAGUGGCAGAGUUAAAAUUACUAGAUACUAAAAAUAUGGAACUAUUGGAAGAAAUUGAAAGAUUGAAAUCUUCAUCAAUAGAGGAGGAAGUAGCAAUAGAAACUGACCCAUCAACAACUAAUAUUGAAGAUUUAAAAGAAACGAUUAUUAAACUACAAAAUGAAAUAAAAGUUCUUAGAGAAUCGAAUAUUACGCUAAAUGAAGAAAUGAAAAAUAUAAAUAAUAAUAAAACUGUAGAUGAUUUUUCUACCAAAAAUAAUGAUAAACUAGAGGAAAAAAAUAAAAAAUUAGAAGCACAACUAGAUGAAGCAUUAAUAACAUUCCAAGCAAAAGAAUUGGAAAUGCAUUUCAUUAGUAAUGAAUUAAAAAAUCAAGUGGAUACUUUGAAACAAGAAUUGAAAACAAAUGAGGAAGAACAAAGUAUGAGAUUAAAACAACUAGUUAAGGAAUUUCAAGCUCAGUUACAUGAUAAGGAAGAAGAAUUACAUGCUGCAUUGGAGAAACGAUUUGAUCGUCAACAAAAUUAUGAAUCAAAUCUUAUUCAACAAUAUAAAGAACAAUUAAAAGAUUUUCAAAUAGAAUUGACAGCUAAAUCAGAACAAAUAGAAAAUCUAAUUUUAGAAAAUAAAAAUUUAAUAUCACAAAAAACAAAAGAUAUAAACCAGUUAAUGGAAAAAAUUACAAUAAUAAAGAAGGAACAUACAGAUGAAAUUAGAGAAAUAGAAAAGAAAUGGAAAUCAAUAGUACAACAAAAAACUGACACAUUGGAAGCAAAACACGAGGAAGAAAUUAAUGAAUUAACACGGGAAUGGCGAAAUGAAAGAAGGCCUGAUAUACAAACUGAUAUAAUUCAUGAGGAAUUAGAGAGCACUUCACGAGUUGCAAUGGCAGCUGUACAAUCAAAUACUGGUUCUUUCCACACUCUCCAACAAACACUAACAGCACAGAGACGAGAAUUAGCUGAACUUAGAAAAUUAAUGAAGUUAAGACAUGAUACAUUAGAGGAUUCAACAGAGAUUGAAUAUCUCAGAAAUAUUUUAUUUGAAUAUAUGAUGGGAAGAGAAACAAUGGUGCUUGCUAGAGUGAUUGCUGCAGUUGUCAAGUUUGAUCAAGAACAAACAGCAAAAGUACUUAAAAAAGAAGAAGAUAAAAUGACACUGCUUGGUUCUCUAGGUCUCACAUAGUGCAAAAUUCUGUAUAUUUAAAAAUUAUGUAAGUACUUUUGUAUAUUAGAUUGUAAGUAUCUUGUAUUUAUUUAUAAUAUAUAUUUUAAAGAUGACUAUUAUUCUGCCAAUAUAUGAUACAUAAUAUGUAGAGAAUAUAUACUGUAAAAGAUUUACACAGUUUUCAGAUAGAAGCAAUGUUAGAUUGUUAUCUUGUUUCUUAAUAUAUAUAUACACCGGUCCGCAAAAGUAUUUGGAUACUCGAUGAAAAUCUGUCUAUAUUUUAAGUUGUUAUAAUUUUGUGAAAAAAAAAUCAUAAUUUUGGGCCCAUUUUAAAGUGUGAUAUUUCUCCUGUAAUUUUUUUUAUAACUGAAUCCAUCAAAAUCUUGAAGAUUGAAACUUUCCUUUUACGAUUCCUUCAAACUUGCUGUACGACUUUUUUCACUAUUUUAUUAAAUUUUAAAUGUUGAGAUUAAAUGAUAAAAAUUUAGAAAAUUCUAAUAUUUCAUUGAAUUUUCAUUGCAUAAUUCUAAUAUUCAAAAUUCUAUAAAAUAGCAAAAAAGACAAUCAUACGGCAAAUUUUAAGAAAUGGUUGUAAAGAAGAAAAAUCAAUUUUCAAGAUUUGAUAGAUAUAAUUAUAAAAGUUUCAUUAAAAAAUUUCCGAGUUUUUACAAAUGUUUAAAUUUUUAUUAUUUUUUAAAGGAAAUUAUCCCCAUUUUACUAUUCACUACAUAAUACAGUUUUAAAAUAGUUGAACUCUAAAGUCAAAAUACGUUUUAAAAUGAGCCGAUGGAUUGUUAUACUAUUAUUUUUCACGAAAUUAUAGCCGUUUAAAAUAUCGACAAGUUUUCAUUGAGUGUCUAACCAUUUUUACGAACUAUUUAUCUACAAGCAAGCUACAAUUUAUCAACUUUUAUAACCGUUUUUAAAUUUAUUAAUAGAAUAAAAACUUAUCGUUAUAAAAUUA